AUGCGAUUUGGCCCAUAUUUGAGCAUAACAGGUCCAAUAACAGAAAAACUUAAAAACAAGGUCAUGCACAUGCUGUCUCAGCCUGCUGCCCCAGUCGAUCCGCCGAAGUCUUCUUCUUCAGCGAUUGUGCCAAAACUAGACACUAGCAAUUCUACCUGUCUACUGUAA